AUGUAUGGACAACCUUAUGGGUAUAAGGGAUGCAAAAUCACUCAAGUGAACCAUCUGUUCUUUCAAGGGGGUGAUGAAUUGACCACAUCUAUCUAUAAUGGACCCUUUGAUGAUGAGAAUUUCAUACACAAUCACGAUCCCUACAGGAUUUCAAUGUUCCAUGACAAUCCUAACGCCAACGUUUCACAAUUUCGAAUCACAGGGAAGAAAAUACCGGACUUUGAUGGGAAAUACGUGGUGUUUGGUGAAGUUAUUGAAGGAUUUAAUAUCGUGGACGAUAUUUUAUCCAUAAAGAGGUAUAGAGAUAAACCCGUUGAAGACAUUACCAUUGUUGACUGUGGGGAGUUUUAA